AUGCUCCUCCCUUUCCUUCUCUCCGCACUCCUUCUCACCCCUCUCUACUUCAUCUACAAGCCUCCGGGACUAUUAAUUCGCUACUUUCAGUACCGCUGGCCGGAUGUCCUAUGGCAUGUCCCGAGGACAUCGCCUUCCUCCUCUUUGACGAAACUCAUCGCGUUAACCAUCGAUGACGCACCCUCCACACAUACCCGCGACAUCCUCUCCGUACUAAAAGCCCACUCCGCCACCGCUACAUUCUUCCUAAUCGGAUCACAUAUCCAAGACCAUGAAGACCUCCUCCAUGAGAUGAUCCGCGGGGGUCACGAACUAGCGAACCACGCUAUGCGCGACGAGCCGUCCAGGGGACUAUCCGACGACGAGCUCGAGCGCCAACUACGUACUGUUCAGGACUCGAUUCGCGCGGCGUACAACGCCGUUGGGGAACGGGAGCCCGCGCGCCGGUUCUUUCGUCCCGGGUCGGGAUUCUUCAGUGAUCGGAUGAGGGAUGUGGUGAGGAAUCUGGGGUUUAGGAUUGUUCUGGGUAGCGUGUAUCCGCAUGAUGCCCAGGUAUCCUGGCCCAGGGUGAAUGCUGCUCAUAUUCUUAGUAUGGUCAGGGAUGGGAGUAUUGUUAUCUGUCAUGAUCGGAGGAGUUGGACGGUCCCCAUGCUUAAGGUGGUUUUGCCGGAGUUGGAGAGGAGGGGGUAUCGUGUUGUUUCGCUGUCGGAAUUAUUGAAUGAGGAGGAUCGUUCGUGA